GCCCWCCCUUUUUCUCUAAUCGUCGUUCCUGGCUCUCUCGAUUUCUCCAAGCGACGCUCUGUUCUUCUCGGUCGGCUGUAGGAAUCGCCAGCAACCCUCUGUUCUAUCAUUCUCUUCUUCUUCAUCAGUCACCAUUAUCGCCUUCUUCUCAGUCACCAAUCGAUUCACAGAUCCUGUCUGCCCUUUUCCUUAUCGUUCCUCUCUCCCUCGUACCGCCAAACCGUUGCCGGUCUGUAUCGCCGGACCAUCUACUGGUAUGCUGCAGCAUCCUCUCUCCACCAUAAGCAGAAAGCUUCACUCAGUAUCUCGGCUCUCCACUCUAUUGGUGCACUACUGCCUACCGACUGUGACUGUGUCCCACCGGAGAAGCUUUCUCUGGCUACUGCAUCUCCUCGACUAAUUUGCUCUUAGUUAUUGGAUACCCUCUUUAAUUUGAGGAUAGAAAGCCUGAAAGGUGUGAUGACGGUGUUGAAGAGGUAUGUGCUGAGGUUAUUCAUGUCAUUAAAAUACGUUACAGCAAACGUAGUGGACAGGAACAAUGGGCGAAUAGUUGCAACAGCUUCAACGGUGGAACAUUCUAUAAAGAUGUCACUUGAGUGUGGUCGAACAUGCAAUGCCAAAGCUGCAACAAUCGUGGGUGAGGUGCUGGCCAUGCGCCUCAAGGUAGAGGGUCUUGAGUCUGGCCAAGGAAGAGGCAUUCACGUAGAUGUGAACAAAGAGCUGGAGAAAAAAGACUUCAAAAACCGAACAAAGGUUUGGGCUGUUAUCAAUUCUCUCAAGAACAAUGGAAUCAAACUCAUAAUUGAUGAGAAUAAUGACGCAUCUCGGCCAGGUUAAAGCUGUUACUUAUUAAUCUAUUCAGUUAGCUUAGUAAUAUCUGGUUCACAACUGAGUCAACCAGUCCAUUUGACUGGUGCUGAAUCCACUAAGGUGAUUAUGGAAGAUCUGUUUGUUUGGUUUGUAGAAUAUAACUUCGAAAUUGCUCCCAUCUGUCCCUCUUUUCUUUUUAUCUGGUUUUUAUUGAAACAUCAAGAACAA